AUGAAGCAGUAUAUUAAUUAACUUGCAGAUAAGCUAUAAAUUUCAACCUCUGAUUCCGUUCUCAUUAUUUGGAAGGUGUUUAUCAACUUUUGCUCUUUUGUUAUAUACAUAGAAAUUUCAUUAGAAUUAUUCAAUGUGGAAGAAUUUCAAAAGGAUAACAGGGGAGAUAUAUUUUUUAUUUGGAGAAUAUUCAUCCUAUCCUUAUUAAUUAUCGAUAUGAUAAUAUCAUUAUUCAUAGAAUAUAUCAGCAACAAUGGCAUCAUCAUAUAAAAGCCAUACAAGAAAGUUAAAUACUAUUUCAGACACUAUUUCGUGUUUGACUUAAUCGUGAUAGUCUAUCUAUUUGUCUCUACUUUUCAGCCAUUACCAUUUUGGGUGGGUUUUUUGGUGUUUUUUAGAAUUCCAUCCAAUCUUUAUUCUGACAAGAUAACCGAGGAAUAUCUGAUUCAAUUUUAGUUUUUAUUGUUGUGCUAUCGAAUUCUCAAGUUGCUGGUUACAUUACUCUACAUAUUUGAUAUUUUUGCUUGUUCCUUUUACGCUAUGGGUUUGUAUUCAAUUUCAAUUUCAGAACCAACAUGGUUGGAAUACUCAAGCAGUGUGAUUGGGAAUAUCGAUAAGAUGCAUCACUUAACCUAAUACAUAAUCAGCUAUUUUUGGGCAGUUGAAACCCUCGUGUCGAUGGGCUAUGGUGAGAUCACUCCCAUGAAUUAAUAUGAGAUAAUCAUAGGAGAUUUGGCACUAGUUGGAUGCAUGUUCGUUUGUUUGUAUGUCAUAUCAACGAUCCUCUCUUUAUAGUCAGACAAUUCGUCUUCCCUAGAUGAGAGCAUGUUAUCAAUCAAGCAAUUUAUGAUAGCGAAGAAGAUAUCGAAAAAACUAUACAAUGAAGUUUCAAUAUUUUUGUCUUAAUUCAGAAUAGAAUAAUCCAAGAGAGAUAUCGCAGUAGAACAAGUAGUGAUUUAGAGAUUGCCAAACCAAUUGAAAUCUAAAUUGUAUUAUGAGGCUAGUCUCAAAAUGAUGAAAAGAAUCUUGUGGAUUUCUAAUAACUUUUCUAAUGAAUUUAUUGAAGAACUGUCCAGUUUUGUGAGAGAAAUCUACCUAAACUCCAAUAGUGCAAUUUCUGUUAUAGACGACGACGAUGACCCUAAAAUAUUUGUGAUUGAAAAAGGCAAGGUGACAGUAGAAUUCAAGGAAAUGGAGAUCAAUUUACUUUAUAGAGGAUCCACUUUUGGCAACUAUUCAUUCUUCAAAUAGGAAAAAGAACAAUUCAUUUCCUACAAAACUAAAUCUAUAGUGAUUCUGCAAUAUAUCAAAUUAACAGACUUUUUAAAGACGAUUUAAAAUCAUAAAUAGGAUCAUGAGAAAUUCCAUUACAUAUUGGAUUAAGUCCUUUUUGAAAAAAGAUAUUAAUUAAUUCAAUAUGGAUGUUACAUUUGUACAUAAACUAAUCAUUUAACUGAAAAUUGUUAAAUUAUUAGUAUUAAAGAUUAAGUCUAUGAGGAGUUUUAAAAGAAUCCACAUGGAAGUAAUCUGUAAAAAAGAAGAAGAUUCGUACGUUAAAAUAAGAUACACAGUAAAUGGAUCUUACACAAGCAUGCUGUUGAGAUUCCACAUGAGGCACCCGCUUCAUUUGAUAUUGACAAAAGAUAUUAUAGUAAGUUAUUAUUUCAGUGGCAUCCUUUCGCAAUACAUCAACAAGAAAGAAUGACUGUAUUUUUAAAGGACAUACUCAAUGAUAGUCUAAAAUAGGAGGAUCUCAUUGUAAUGUCUAAUAAAAUACCUAAGAGUAAGAAAAAAUCAAGUGUAUUUUCAUCUUCAAAUCAAUAUUUGUUUUAUUGGUAAUUGUUUAUGAUGUUUGUAAACGCAGCAUUCUUCAUUGCAAUACCUUAGAUAAUAUUUUUUUGGAAUUACUACUAAUAGUUUAGUGAUUAUGGAGCCUUCAAAUUUAUUAGAAUAAUAAUUAUUAUCUUAUUCAUCAGUGAUUUCAUUGUUCAAUUGAAUACUAAUUUUUAUCAUGAAGGCAUCCUAGUUAAAAACAGAUUCAAAAUAGCAGAAAAGUAUCUAAAGAAUGACUUAGUGUUUGAUUUCAUACCCAUACUUGUUCUGUUUUACAUUAGUCUAUCAGACAAAUAUGUAAUAGUUUAUUUGCUUUGUUUGGUUAAACUAAUACCAUUCUAUAGAUUUCAAGUAUACUUAUCUGAUAAAUUGAAAAUAAUGCCCUAAUUGAGACAAUUCUAUAUGAUUUGUGGGAUGCUCGUAGAAAUCCUUUACAUAAAUCACUUCUUCGGAUGUAUGUUUUUUGGAGGGAGUGUUUAUAUGUACACAUAUCAUCCUAACUCUAAAACAUGGGUGAAUGAUCCCACAAUGAAUUUUGGUGUUAUAAUUACUUAAAGUACAACUUCAAAGUACUUGUAUUCUACUUACUGGGCGAUAGAUGCAAUAACAAGAAUCGGUUAUGGUGACAUUCUGCCAUUGAAUGAUCUAGAAUUCAUGAUCACCGAUUUGACUGUGAUAACUGCAGUGGCGAUAGUAGCUGUAAAUAUCUCAUUGAUCGAAAAUAUGAGAAAGAAUUCUAAACUGUAGAACUAUUUCGUGGAUAACUUAUGGAUUCAAUAAUACCUGAAAAAGAAAAACUGUUCUGAUCAAUUAAAGAUUUAGAUCUCCAAUUACUUGCGUUAUUACCAUCGAAUUGGACAAGAUAGGAACAUAGACAUAGAACAAGAGUCACUGCAGUUGCUUCCGAGUAACUUGAAGUAGUAAUUGAUGUUUGAAGCUUAUGGGAUGAUCUUUUAUAAGCAACAUUGGCUGAAGGAUGAGGAUGUGUUGUUUGAGUUAUCUAAUAAAGUAAAGGAGAUCUAUCUUGGAGACAUGGAGAACAUCUUUUUGGAUAAUACACCUGAUUAAGGUCAAGCAUUGUAUUACGUAGAGAGAGGCUAUGUUGAAUUAUUCAUUAAUACCCAAAAUUCCUAAAGAAAAGAUGUCACUAUUGCUUAAUUGAAAAAAGACACCUUCUUCGGACAAUACUCUUUUAUAACAGGAUUACCACGGAAAUCUUCUGCUAGGACGAUGCAAUUCGCCUCGUUGAUUUAUAUUCAAAGGAAAGAUUUUCAUGAGGUUUUAGAAUUGAAUAAGAAAUUUCAUCAUUAAUUCUAGGCUCUAAGAGACAGUAUUAUUUAUGAAAAUUAAUUUCAGCUUAUUGGUUUGUAAUGUUUUACUUGUUAUGGAAUUGAUCAUUUAAGUAUUGAUUGUCCCUUAACUUCUAUCAAAAAGUAAGUGAUGCUCAAAUUUUAUCAUACCAUUAGAGAGAAGAGUUAAUCAGAACUCAAUCUAAGGAAGUUAUAUAAGUAGAAUAUCAAAUAGGAGAGGAGGUUUAAGAAGAGAAAGAAAGAGCAGAAAUCAACAACAAUAAGAACACAUGACUUUGAAUUCUUUUUUGAUUAUACGAUUCCGAGAACCACAAUCAAUUAUGUGAUUGAUAAGGAUUUACAUUUGAUUUGA